AUUGUCCCCGCCCCUCCUGCUCCACGCGCGCGCGUACGGCCGCCUCUUACUUAAGAGCGCGAGCCGGGACUAUGGCGUUGGGGAGAACGGGCUACGGGCAGUACUUGCUGCUCCUAGCGCAGCAGAACGUAGAAUUCCGGUUGCCGGAAAUACAGUCUUUACUUUCUCUCUGUGACGGAAGGUUCAGCAGUUCACAAGAACUGAGAUUAAAGAGCCCAUUUUGGAUUCUUGACUUGCCUUCGGAAGAGAUAGCUAGAAGACUAAUGAAACGAACAGUAUGUGCAAAAUCAAUAUUUGAGCUGUGGGGUCAUGGGAAAUCUGUAGAAGAAUUGCAUUCUUCAUUGAAGAAUUAUCCACUAGAGAAAAUGGCCCCAUAUUUACAGUCCAACUUCACCUACAAAAUAAUAGUCCAUGCAUUCAACAAAACGCUAACACAACCAGAGAAGAUUCAAAGAAUAGAUUCUUUGCAGUUUUUACCAUUUAAAGGACGUGUAGAUUUAAAUAAUCCAGAUCAUACGUUUUGGUUUCUAGAAGAUCAUGGAAUUUAUCUAGGCAACAGUACAGAACAGCCUAUUAGCUUGUACUUUGGAAGAUGGAUUGCCAAUGGACAAAGGGAACUUAUUGAAUCUUACAGUGUUAAAAAAAGACAUUUUAUUGGGAACACGAGCAUGCAUUCCGGCUUGGCUUUUAUCAUGGCAAACCACGGAAAAGUAAAACCAAACAAUAUUGUGUUUGAUCCUUUUGUGGGAACAGGUGGACUUCUUAUAGCUUCUGCACACUUUGGAGCAUAUGUCUGCGGCACAGAUAUAGAUUAUAAUAUUGUACAUGGAUUGGGCAAAGCUAGUAGAAAGAAUCAAAAGUGGAGAGGACCUGAUGAAAAUAUCAGAGCCAACCUUCGCCAGUACGGUUUGGAGAAAUACUACCUUGACAUAUUUGUUUCUGAUGCAUCAAAACCCAUAUGGAGGAAGGGAGUGCAAUUUGACGCAAUCAUUACAGACCCACCAUAUGGCAUUCGGGAAGCCACCAGAAAAAUUGGUUCACAGCGGGAAACACCAAAAAUGAUUGAAAAAAGCACUGAAAAUCAUAACCUAGUUUCUUCAAAUUAUCAGCUGAGUGAUAUAAUCUUUGACCUGUUAAAAUUUGCGGCAAAGUAUUUGGUUCUUGGAGGAAGAUUGGUCUACUGGUUGCCUAUAUACAAACCAGAAUAUACAGAAGAGAUUAUACCUCAGCACCCUUGCCUGAAACUCGUUAGCAACUGUGAGCAGACGCUUUCCAACCACACAUCAAGAUACCUGAUAACCAUGGAAAAGGUGAAAGAAUUUGAGGAGGACGACAAAAAUUCUCACAUAUUGGAUAGCCAGUAUCUGCAGUACAAAUGUCAUGAUUCCUUUCGUGAGAAAUAUUUCAGUGGAGUGACGAAGAGGAUUGCCAAGGAAAAAAAAGACAGCCAAAAGUAAUCUGUUUGGAAAGGAAAAAAUGAAAGCAAGGAAUGCACAAGGCUUGUAUUUGGCUAUUAAAACAUCUGGACCUCUACAUUAUGUAGAAGCUUCAGAGAACAAAUACUGUUUUAAUUUUUUUUUUAACUCAAAGCAAAAACCACAACAUAAGUGAAGGACAGUUCUUUUUCAUUAACUUUUGUUUAUACCAGAUUAUUGCACAAGAUUUUUUUUGACCUUUAUUUAAUUUAUUUUAGGACUUUGAGUUCUAAUGAUAAUUGAUUACAACCUUUAUCACUAUUAGCCUUUCAGUCU